AACGCAACAGAGAAGAAGACGAGAAUCAGCUACAUCAUCUACUUUAGAUUUCCGACGUCUAAGCACAUGAACCGACGGCGACUUUUGGUAUCGGCGACGCUUCUCUCGUACUUGUUCUACGGCAUGGCUCUCGUCUCCGUUGAAGCCUCCGGUGAAAAGCUUAGAGAAAAUCUGGAUUUGACUAAAACGACGACGUUGUCACCGAGCUUAUCACAUCGGAAAAUGCUUCUUCUCUCUUCUGGUCCUGAAGCUUUCGAUCCAUGGGGAACGAGUGAUCCUUAUGUUGUGAUGGAUUUGGAUGGUCUGGACAAGAGCCGAAAUGGAACGAAGACUUUUGUUUUUAAUAUCAAGCUGCCUCCUGCAAAAAAGAUAGAGAUUGCAGCUUGGGAUGCAAACCUUGUUACCCCACAUAAACGGAUGGGGAAUUCUGAAAUCAACCUGGAAUCCGUUUGUGAUGGUGAGAAUUUGUUCACCCAUUCAUUAUCAAUUUAUUUUUACAAGUUUGAGUUAAAAAUGAGGAAUAAAGUCUGUGUUGUUGUUGUUGAGUAUAGCGUGCUUUGUGAAGAUGCAAUGCAAGCCGUGGCUGUGAAAAGUCAAUUGCAACAGCUAGCUAGACCAAUGUACAGCAACCCACCUUUACACGGUGCUCAACUGGUCUCAACCAUUCUUGAAGACCCAGAGUUAAAGAGUCUGUGGCUAAAGGAAGUUAAGGUCAUGGCUGAUCGGAUCAUCGGCAUGAGAACUACUUUGCAAGAAAGCCUUGAGAAGUUAGGAUCGCCUUUAUCAUGGGAGCACGUUACCAAGCAGAUUGGAAUGUUCUGCUACAGUGGGCUAACACCAGAACAGGUUGACCACUUAACAAGCGAAUAUCACAUCUAUAUGACCCGCAAUGGCCGUAUCAGUAUGGCUGGUGUUACGACAGGAAACGUGGGAUACCUUGCGAAUGCUAUACAUGAAGUCACCCAAGGUUUGGGUGGAAGUGUCGAAGGUUGGAGAUGCAGCUGUGUUGAGACCAAACUCUGAAAUUCAAACCAUUGCCGAUGCAGUAGGUAGUAUUGUGGCUUGGCCUAAUGAUAAAAUCAUGUAUGUCUA